UCUCUUCUUUUUCAAAUUUUUGAAAUCCAUUGGCCACAUUUUUGUUCGUUCACAUCAUCAAAAUGGCCAUCAAACUCUCUGAGAAGGUGAAAGCGGCGAAACAGGGCCAGCAAAACCACGAUGAUGCCAAAUCAUCGAACAUAAAACAGCUACCCGUGACGCUUCUUUCGGGCUUCCUCGGUAGCGGCAAGACAACUCUUCUUGAGCACAUUCUCAAGUCACCCGACCAUGGCCUUCGUAUUGCCGUCAUUGUGAACGAUAUGAGCUCAGUCAACGUCGAUGCCAAUCUUAUCAAACACCAUGUCGUCUCGCAAACAAAGGAGAAAUUGAUUCAGCUCCAGAACGGUUGCAUUUGCUGUACCCUCCGGGGAGAUUUACUCGAGGAGCUUGCGCGGCUUGCAAAGACUGACGGCAUCCAAUAUGUUAUAAUUGAAAGUUCAGGCAUCAGUGAGCCCAUGCAAGUUGCUGAGACUUUUACGUCCGAGUUUUCGAAGGCGAUGAUCGAAGAUGGCGCCGAGGAGGAUCUCGAUAACGAAAUUUUGAAAGAAAUCCUUGAUAUUGGUGGACUUCAUAAGAUCGCGAAGCUCGACACGACAGUCACUGUCCUGGAUGCAUUCAACCUUUUGAACAACUUUUCCACUGCCGACUUCCUUUCCGAUCGUUGGGGGGCCGAAGUUGUUCCCGAGGACGAACGAACAGUUACUGAUCUCCUGGUUGAUCAAAUUGAGUUUGCCGACGUAGUCAUCGUCAACAAGAUGGACGUCGUGAAGCCGGAGACGAAAAAGUCGAUUCUCAACAUUGUUAAACAAUUGAAUCCGGCGGCAAAGGUUAUCGAAUCCACUUAUUCCAGGGUCGACGUUAAACAGAUUGUGGACACGGGCUUGUUCAACUUUGAAAAAGCUGCAACCAGCGCUGGCUGGCUGAAGAGUUUACACGAGAUGACCCAGAGAGAGGUUGGCGGAAAGAUGAUAAUGACUCCCAAACCAGAGACAGAAGAAUACGGUAUCUCCAACUUUGUAUAUCGCGCACGGAGACCGUUUCAUCCAAAGCGACUAUUCGAGCUCAUCCAUGACAAAUUUGUCGUCAUGCAAGAUGCGGCACAAGAGGAAGGCGAGGAUGAUGAUGAGGGCGAUGAGGACGAGAGCGAGGACGAAGGCAACGGCGACAAGCCCCAAGAAGACGAAGAGCUCCCUGAUGCUGAUGGUUCCGAAGAGGAAUGGGAAGGGUGUAGUGACAAAGAAAUGGAUGAUGAUUGGGAUGGCAAAGAAUUCCAGAACUUGGAUCCAAAGGUCAUCCUUCAAAAUAAGCAGAACAGCCCCAUUUUCAAAACUCUCCUGCGAUCAAAAGGUUUCUAUUGGUUAGCGACAAGGCCAUUGCAGCAUGGUGAAUGGAGUCAAGCAGGUGGUAUGCUGACCAUUCAGGGCGGCGGGCCGUGGUUUUGCAUGCUGGAAGAAGACGACUGGCCAGAAGAGCCCGACGUCAAAAAUGCAAUCAAAGCCGACUUUGAGGGGCGAUGGGGAGAUAGACGACAAGAGCUUGUCUUUAUUGGUGAAAGAAUCGAUCCCAAGGCUAUCACCGACGCGUUCAACAGCUGUCUCUUGUCUGAUGCAGAGUGGAAGAAAUGCGAAAAGAUUAUGGGAAAUAAGAAACUGAGUCCGAAGCAGAUACAGGAAAAGCUGGGAGAGAUCUUCGAAGAUGGAUUUGAGGAUUGGCCAGAUAUUCUGGACGAAGCGGGCGAUGACCAUGAAGGUCAUGGGCAUGCCGGCCACCAUCAUCGCAAAUGAUUUCUUUUUCCUUGGAUAAACAAAAGUUUGAAUAAAAGUGCUUUGAAAUUCCUAUAUUGGCCGUGCGACUGAGUCUAAAUCUAUCUCUCCUUAGUGAACCCUCUUGUACGCUAUGAUAUAAAACUUUAAAUAAUGAAAAGUCAAUUAACGCCGUCAUCAUGCAAAUAAUAUCGAACUUGUUCGAAACGAGAGAAAUUUAAGCAUCAGGACCAGUAGGUGGAACACUGGCAGCAAGGUUGCAUUGUCGGAAAAUGC